AUGGCUUCAUCCAGAUCAAAUGCCCGUCUCGUCAGAUUCGGAGUGUUUGCUCUUGUCUUGAUUUUCUGUGGUUAUAUUCUCACCAAGGGCUCGUCCUACUCCAUCGCUCCCCAGAAGAAUGCUGCUGUCCAAGAGAACACCUCCGCUGGAAAGGUCGCUUCCUCUGGUAAAGAGGCUGCUGGUGCCGGUGCAGCCGGUGCCGCCAAUGCCGCCCCUGGUGCUGCUGGCGCCGCUGCUGGUGCUGCCGCAGGUGCUGGUGCUGCCGCAGGUGCCGUUGCAGGUGCCGGUGCUGGUAAAGCUCCAGCCACUGGUGGCUCUUCUGGUGCUGUCGCUUCUAAGGACGGCAAGGUGAAGGCUACCUUUGUUACUUUGGCCAGAAACUCGGAUCUCAACGGUUUGUCCGACUCCAUCAGACACGUUGAAGACCGUUUCAACAAGAACUACAACUACGACUGGGUUUUCUUGAACGAUGAACCAUUCUCCGAGGAAUUCAAGAACACCAUCAACGCUUUGACCUCUGGUGUCGCCAAGUUCGGUGUGAUUCCAAAGGAGCACUGGUCUUACCCAGAAUGGAUUGACAAAGAGAAGGCUGCUUUGGCCAGAGAGGAGAUGGUCCGUAAAAAGAUCAUCUACGGUGGUUCCGAGCCAUACAGACACAUGUGUAGAUUUGAGUCUGGUUUCUUCUUCAGACACGAGUUGAUGAAGGACUACGACUACUACUGGAGAGUCGAGCCAGAUGUGAAGAUCUACUGUGACAUCGACUACGAUGUGUUCAAGUUCAUGCAAGACAACGACAAAUGGUACGGCUUCACCAUUUCCUUGCCUGAGUACCUGGAGACCAUCCCAACCUUGUGGGACACCACCAAGAAAUACAUGAAGAAGUACCCUCAAUACAUUGCCGCCGACAACAACUUGGACUGGAUCUCUGACGACAAGGGUGACACCUACAACGGUUGUCACUUCUGGUCUAACUUCGAGGUCGGUGCUUUGAAGUUCUUGCGUUCUGAUGCUUAUCUCAAAUACUUCGAGGAAUUGGACCAAGCUGGUGGUUUCUUCUACGAGAGAUGGGGUGACGCUCCUGUGCACUCUAUCGCUGCUUCUCUCUUGAUGCCAAGAGAGAAGAUUCACUUCUUUGGCGACGUUGGAUACUUCCACGUCCCAUUCCACAACUGUCCUAUUGACGAUUCUGUCCGUCUUGCCAAGAAGUGUGUCUGUAACAAGAAUGACGACUUCACUUGGAAAGGAUACUCUUGUACCCCUCGUUUCUUCACUUUGAAUAACAUGAAGAGACCAACUGGCUGGGAGCAGUUCAGCGGUUAA